AUGACAGGUGCGCCCUUGUCUACGUCGUCCUCGGUGCCAAAUAGCUCGGCCCCGGUGAAGUCGUUGCUGUCCGAGCGGCUGUUGGUGCUACGUAACAAGUCGCCACCGGAUUCUCAGGACUCAGACCUGGCGCACAUUCCUCUGCCUUCGUCUCCUACGGAUUCCUCUCACAAGGGCAUCCACAGGCUGGGGUUUUCGCGGAAAAAGAGUGACAGCAGCGAUUCAUUCAGUGACCACAGUGACGACAGGAAAGGCUUGAUGAGCAUACUCACCCGAGUUCGAAGGAUAUCGCGCUCCAGCUCUGAUGAAGCUGAUCCCGAGACGAAGCCCGAUCCAAAGACAGAACCCGCAGCACACCCGAAAUUGGAGUACCACGAGGAAGAGACAUUCACAACCCCAUUGGACAAGAAGUCAAUUCCCCGAGAGCUUAUCGAUCAGGGGAUUGAAAUGCUCAGAGUGACCCAUAAAAAGAAGAUCAAACGGUGUUUUCGUUUGAAUUUGGACAACAAUCAUUUGAUCUGGAAUAAUAAAGCCUCGUCUUUCCUCGAAAUUGAUAAGAUCAAGGCGAUUAGGACUGGUGUCGAGGCCAAAAAUUACAGGGAGGAGUUUAAAGUGUCAUCAGAUUACGAAGAUCUGUGGAUAACGAUUAUCUAUUACAAAGACUCCAAGUCAAACAAUAUCAAAGCCUUGCACGUGAUUGCCCCCGCAAAACACGAAUACGAUACUUUUGUCACCACGUUGCGCAACCUCGUAUACUUCAAACGGCAGAUGGACAGCAUCAGUGAACUAUUCACUGACCUGCACUGGAACAACAAAAACUCCGAAAGCGAGCAUCUCUCCUUUGACGGCGUCCUCAAAUUGGUGUCCAAGCUUCAUAUCCAUGCAAGUCCAGAGUAUCUCGAGAAUCUCUUCCGCAUGGCUGAUUCGGAAGCAAAGGGGCACCUGAAUUUCCAAGACUUCAAAAAGUUUGUCAGUUUGCUUCGAGACCGCAAGGAAUUGAGGGCUAUAUUUGAUCAACAAGCCAGAGUCAUGUCUGGGAAAUUGUCCUUCGAGGAGUUUUGCAAUUUUCUCGUCGAGGUACAAAAGGAAAAUAUCACCUACUCGCAGGCAGAGCAGAUAUUUCAUCGCUUCUCCAAAACAAAACUGUAUCUCGAUUACGACGAAUUUGCAAGUUUUCUCACGAGUUCAUAUUCAAAACCAUACGUCAACAUUCAAGAGGACUACUCAUACCCGCUCAAUGAGUAUUUUAUCUCCUCAUCCCACAAUACAUAUUUAUUAGGAAGACAAGUCAAUGGAACCGCGUCCAUUGAAGGCUACAUUAGGGCAUUGCAACGAGGCUGUCGUUGCAUUGAGAUAGAUCUCUGGGAUGGCGAAAAAGGACCAGUUGUGACCCACGGCCGCACUUUCUCCAGCUCCAUUGAGUUUCAGUUGGUUGUGGAAACGAUCCGGAAGUACUCUUUUAUCACUUCGCCAUAUCCUGUCAUUUUAUCGCUUGAGGUUCGUUGCAAUGCUGAGAAUCAGCUUCAGGCUGCCAAGAUCCUCAAAGAUAUUCUACAGGACCGCCUGCUAGAGUAUCCAGUCAAAUCGCCCUUCGAAACACUGCCGUCACCCGCGCAAUUGAAACAUAAAAUUCUGGUGAAAGUGAAGAAGUCUACAGGAGAGGCAGGAAGCCUUGAAAGUAUGUCCUCGUCAUUGUCCUCGUUUAGCGAAGACAGUAGUACAAUCACAAAGAUUGUUCCCAAGAGAAGAAAAACCGUCAAAAUCUCUCAGGAGCUGGGCAACCUGGGAAUCUAUGUGAUUGGAAUCAAAUUCCGCAAUUUCUCUCUCCCCGAGUCCAAAACAUUUAACCACUGUUUUUCCUUCAGUGACAAGACAUUAGUUAAAAUGGCAAGGGAGGAAGCUAAGUUUUCUGCUAUUGUGAAGCACAACAGGAGGUUUCUCAUGAGAAUUUAUCCAUCCAUUUAUCGCUUCAGUUCCAAUAAUUUCAAUCCCUUCUUUUUUUGGGAGCUAGGAUGCCAGUUGGUUGCAACAAACUGGCAGGUUUACGAUGUGGGGCAGCAGAUUAACGAGACGCUUUUUAAUAUAGGAACAAACUCCGGCUACGUUCUCAAACCUUCCUGUCUACGGAUCAGGAACCCGAAAUUGCAGAAUAUUGAUCCGUUGGAUUGUUUAAAAUUUGAGCAGAGUCGGCGCCUUAGCAUCGACCUCAUUUCUGGACAACAACUUCCCAAACCAAAGGACAUCAAAUCGGAUUUUUUUGAUCCCUUCUUAGAGCUCGAGAUUUAUUGUGCAGAGGUAUUGGACGUGAAUGUCAGCUCCACGACUGGGAAGCUGGGAACGGUCCUCAAAAUGGAGUCCUCAAGUCACCAAAAAUCUCUGGUUGAGCAACUGAUUAAACUAGGCGAACCCUCUGUCGUGUUCAGGACAGCUCCAGUACCCCAAAACGGAUUUAAUCCUGUUUGGAAUCAGCGAUGCUCUGCAACAUACCUCACGAACGACAUUGAUUAUGUUUUUCUGCGGUUUCUGGUCAAAUGCACUAACGAUAGCUCCGAAAAACUCAUUGGAACGCACACGUGCAAGCUCGAUUAUUUGAAACAGGGCUACAGACACCUUCCCUUGUACGAUCAGCAAGGCGAGGAAUUUAUUUAUUCGACACUGUUUAUUAAAGUGGAUUAUGAGGACAAAAAUAAUUAG